CCGUCCCGCUCCUGUUUACCGUUCCGCUCGCCGUUCCGCCCCUGUUUACCGUCCGCUCCCGGUUGAAUUAACGCGAAAGGAUAGCGGCGGCUUAAAAACAACGGUAAAGAAGGAAGGGGGAGGCGGCGGUGUCUCCUUCGCUUCCUGCUGUCGGGGUGAGAGGUGACGGCGUCAUGUGAUCCCAAGAUGGCUGCGGGGCUGCGGCGUCCGUGAGGGCCGGCGGCGGAGCGGGGCCGGCGGGGCCCGGCCAUGGCCGAGGCGUGAGGAGGCGGCGGGACAACAACGGGACACGUGGUGGGGCCCAGCGGUGGGACACGGGCUGCGGUGGGGCCUCCCGUAGGGCCCGGUGGCGGCGGGGGGGGACCGGACGGGGCCUCGCUGCUCCAUGUCGGUCCCGUCCUAAGGGAAAUAUGAUCAGCGCCCCCGAUGUGGUGGCGUUCACCCGGGAGGAGGAGCUGGAGGAUGAGCUGUACAGCGAGCCGCCGCUGCCCGAGGAGUACUCGGUGCCGCUGUUCCCUUUCGCCGGCCAGGGCGCCAACCCCUGGGCCAAGGUGGCCAACUCCAAGUUCAGCCGGGAUUUCAUCCUCAUCUCCGAGUUCUCGGAGCAAGUGGGGCCUCAGCCCCUCCUGACCAUCCCCGAGGAUGCCAAAGUAUCGGGGACUUUCGAUCUCAAUUACUUCUCCCUGCGGAUCAUGUCUGUGGAUUAUCAGGCCUCCUUCGUGGGGCAUCCUCCCGGCUCUGCGUACCCGAAGCUGAACUUCGUGGAGGAUUCCAAAGUGGUGCUUGGGGACUCGAAGGAGGGAGCCUUUGCCUACGUGCACCACUUGACUCUCUAUGACCUGGAAGCCAGGGGGUUCGUGAGGCCCUUCUGCAUGGCGUAUAUUUCUGCUGAUGAGCACAAAAUCAUGCAGCAGUUCCAGGAACUCUCUGCUGAGUUUUCCAAGGCCUCCGAAUGCUUAAAGACAGGGAACCGGAAAGCUUUCGCUGAUGAACUGGAAAAGAAGCUGAGAGAUCUCGACUACACCAGGACCGUCCUGCACAACGAAACCGAGGUGCAGAAGAAAGCCAACGACAAGGGGUAUUACACCACCCAAGCCAUUGAGAAAGCCAACGAGCUGGCCAGUGUGGAGAAGUCCAUCAUCGAGCACCAGGACCUGCUGAAACAAAUCAGGUCAUAUCCCUACAGGAAGCUGAAGGAAUCUGACUUCCACCCUUAUGAGCCGGAGUGUGCGCUGCUGGAUCAGGCCAACGCGGGCUGCGAUCGGGACCCCACUACCUCCGACCCUGCUGAAACUCCCCUUUACACCCAUGUGCCGUCCUAUACCCCCAAGCUUAUCAAAGCCAAGUCUGCCAAAUGCUUUGACAAGAAGCUGAAGACGCUGGAGGAGCUCUGUGAUGUGUAUUUUUUCACCCAAACCCUGGAGCAGUUGCACCAGAUCGAGAGGACUUUCAGAGGGGAUGUGUGCUACCUCCUGACAGAGCAGAUCAGCAGGGCCCUGCUAAAGCAACAGACCAUAACUAACUUCCUCUUUGAGGAUACGUCUUAUCUGGAUGAAAAACCACCUGGAAAACAAUACAGAGGCUGCCAGGGGCACAGUCACGAUGCUAGAGAUGGAAAGUGUGCGGAAGAGUUCCCUGCUCCUACAGUGGUCAUCAGCUUGGGAGCCUACAAGUCCAGCGUGGAGUGCGUGCCCAUCAAGAUGGAGCAGGAAACUGAGGACUCCCAGGAGCCCCAGAUGAGCGAGUCUGUGACGUUUGAGCACCAGGAGAACCUGGAUUACCUGGAUGCAGACCUCAAAGGCAGCAUCAGCAGCGGUGAGAGCAUCGAGGUGCUGGGAACGGAGAAGUCUGCCUCUGGCUUGCCCAAGUCGGAGAGCCAGGCCAGCCUGCCCGUCAGCCCCAGCCCUCAGGUGGCCAGGAGCAAGGUGGGCAGCAGGAGGACCGUCAGCGAGGACAGCAUUGAGGUCCUCAGCACGUGUCCUUCCGAGUCGCUCAUCCCAGAGGAUUUCAAAGCGAGUUACCCAAGUGCCAUUAACGAGGAGCCCUAUGUGGGGGAUGAAGAGGGAGGCCUCCGCUUCACCCCCAGGCUGAACCUGGAUGACGCUGACGAGCAGGAAGAUGUUUCACAGCAGGAGAACUUGGUGCAGGUGGAUUCUGCUUGUUGUAUCGGGAAGGAGAGCCCCAACUUCCUGGAGCCUCUGCCUGACCUGGGCCACAAGCCCUGCGAUGAGGAUGGGGUGGUCCGGAUCCCGCCACAGCCGUACCGGGCAUCCGAGCCGGGGCUGCAUGGGACCUUUGGGAGCUUCCCCUCCCACGAUGGCAUCUCGGGGGGGCUCCUGCCCUACGAGCUUGACUCUCGCUACAUGGCAGGCAGCAGGGAGGUCAGUAAGAGCAGCCUGGAUGAGUGCUCAGACUCCACGAGCUAUAUGAGCAGCGCUGCCUCCACGUGCUCCGACAGGACCCCUUCUCCAGCUCACCCUGCCUGCCAGGGGGCUGACAGGCACAAGAAGAAGGCUGGGCAGAACGCACUGAGGUUCAUCAGGCAAUACCCCUUUGCCCACCCUGCCAUCUACUCCCUGCUCAGCGGCAGGACCCUCAUCGUGCUGGGGGAGGAGGAAGCCAUAGUCAAGAAGCUCGUGACGGCGCUCUCCAUCUUCGUGCCCACCUGCGGCCUUUAUGCCAAGCCUGUGAAGCACUGGGUCACCUCCCCUCUGCACGUUGUGGAUUUCCAGAAGUGGAAGCUGAUCGGGCUCCAGAGGACGGUGUCUCCUGCCGGGGUGAACGUGCUGCACGCCCUGAGCCGCUACAGCCGCUACAUCAGCAUCCUGGAUGCUGACAGCAAGACUCUGCGCUGCCCUCUGUACAAAGGCUCCGUGGUGUCCCGGCUGGCGGAUCACCGCACGCAGAUCAAGCGAGGAAGCACCUACUACAUGCACGUCCAAAGCAUCCUCACCCAGCUGUGCUCAAAAGCCUUCCUCUUCACCUUCUGCCACCAUUUGCACCUUCCCAUCAGCGAAAGGGAACCUGAAGAAUCCAUCGUGAGUCGCAGGAUGAACUUUCUGAAGCUUCAACUGGGCCUGGUCAAUGAAGACAUCAAGAUCGUGCAGUACCUGGCAGAGCUGCUGAAGCUGCAGUACCUUCAGGAGCCCGGGCAGGGGCUGAGCCCUCUGCUCCGCUUUGACUACGUGCCCAGCUUUUUGUACAAGAUCUAGCCUCCUGGGGGCUGUCUGCACUGGGGUCUGACAGAGCUCAUCCCUGCUUCACAUCGCUGUCUGCGGUAGCUCUCAUCCAUCAGGAAGGGGUGAAGAAGCCGAUGUGUUUGUGAGCGUCUCUGCUCCACAGAAAUCCAUGUCUCAGGGACUGGAUUUCUGUUCCCUAUAGCCAAGAACGUAGAUGUUCCAUCACCUGAACCACCGGGCACUCUGUAAAUGUUAGAAGGGGCACUGUUAACUUUUCAUGGCAGCAUCCCAGGGGGAGUAGGGCAUGGAGAGAGGUGGGCUGUGUCGGGGAUCAAUACUAGUGCACAGCCCUCAAAACACCAGUGCUCUGUAUGCUUCUGCCAGAUCCCUAAAUGCUCUUGGUCCCUUCCAUGGAGCCAGGAUGGAGACGUGAAGGUUUUAAUCCACCAGUGUCUCAUGUGAGUGUAGCUCAGAAGCUCCCUGGCAAGGUGGCAGCUUGCAGUUACCCAUCCUUGCUGUGUUUAUCCAAGUUCCCUGGUGCUUCCUGGGACAGGUUGUCCCUGGGUGGGUGGGAGCACAGUGGAAGCACAUGCUUCCCUCCAGAAAGUGUUUUUCAGUUUCUCUCAGCCUUGUUAAGAUCCAGAACGUGGAAGGCUUCACCUGCUGCCAUGAAUGCAGAGCACUGUGCCUUGUAACUUGUCAUGUCCUGUUUGCACCUCUGAGAAGGGUGGGAAAGAGCUGGGAAUCAUCAGAGCACAUGAGGUUGAGGGAGGCCUUUUAAGUAGAGAGAAAGGGGCUGAAAUGAGUUGUGGGGAGCCUCGUUUUUAGGUGCUUUCUGUGAUGGGGGGGAUGGAACAGUGCAAUGAAGUGAUGCUCUGAGGCAGCAGGCUGGUAGAGCAGCUGCCUGGCUGGUGAGGUAUGAGUGCUCAGGAGAGAUCAGGGACGGAUGUACCAGGUAUCUGUAAUAGCUUAUUUUGCUUGGGUUUAUUUCUGGCAUGGAGUUGACUUCUGUGCAGUGUGGCACAGCAGGGUCAGUGUCACCGCAUGCUGCUUCUGGCCUUUGUCCUGUCUCCUAGGGCGCUCCUGGGUAGCUCUGGACGGGGCAGGACUGUUCUCUGAGCCUGGAUGCUGAGGGCUUUUCCUUUCAAAGCUUCUGUGCUGCUGCCUGUGCCAUUAAGGUUGUGCCACUGGAGUGGUGAGAGCCCCACAUUGUUCCUGUCAGUGCUGGGGGCACAGCGCUUCCAUAUGGAGUCUCGGAGGAGAUGCUGCUCCUUGGCCACUCAUACCAGGCUGUGGUCUGUUCUACCCAGUGCUAUGUGGCCAGAGCAGCCCCUGUGGUACUCCUAAGCAAGAAAAGCCUUGCUAGGAAGGUAGCCUUGGUUUUAUUUGUGUUUUAGCACUGAUUAUGGGGGGAGAAGAGCUGCGAUGGUACAAAAUGAGCUGAUGUUGUUUGCUUUGGGUUUAUCUCUUGCUUUAAACCUCUGUUUCUGGUGAUGCUGUGAGGCAGUGCUGGAGGUAAAGGUGAUGUCCCUUCCGAGCCCAGGGAAGGUUCUGUGUACAGACGUGUCACAGACCCACUGAUACUGCUGGGAGAACCACAUCACCCCAAAACCAGUGUCCUAAAGGCAAGGAGGCUCUUUGGGCACCAGCAUCUGCAACUCGGCACCGCUGCUGCCUCUCUCUUCUUUACAUUCAAGGCUGUUUUAAACGUCAGUGUUGUUUCUGGUGGUGCACAGCGAGGUUGUGGUAUACUCUCCAGAGGGAUUUCCAAGGUCAGGGAUUGCGGGUUGAGGUCACAGAGGGGAAGCAGCGUGGCUGAAGGUGAGCAGAGUGCUUGUGGCAGGGCUGACUGCCUUUCAAGCACUUUUAAAGGCCUCUUCCUUUCUGGAUUGUGCCCUUGUGUCGUGUGUGAGCUGGGCCUGCUGUGAAAGACUUCCGUGUCCAUCAAAAAGGUGAUUUGAGGUGUCCCCUGCUCCGUUUGUGUGCACCCAAACGGCUUCCACACCGAAGCUGAGGCGAGAUUCCCCAGGGAAAGAGGCAUCUUGGUGAAUGAGUAAUGCAGGUGACGCGCGAGGGAGUCAAAAGCUCCUGCAUCCCUCCUGGAAUGUGGCUCUGGAGGAGGGCUCAGUGUGGGACCUGCUUUCCUGCUGACUCACUGCUGUCUCCCUCCAGGCUGAUGGGUGAGCUCUUGCUCACAGUGGUCUCGACCUCUGGUGUUCAGCUGCACUCAUAAUGGAUAAAGAACUCAUUGCUCUCUCUGUCAAAGCUGAUGUUCAAGAUCCGUGUUGAGCAAUACUUGCACCACCGCCUGCCUGACCUGCUUCAUCUCCGUGCCACAUCUGGUCGGGGAGGAUGCCCUGGGUACCUCUGUCAUAACAGGAGCUCUGCACUAUCUGCAGCUCUGCUCUCAAGCAGGAGCUGUGGGGAAACACCUCUUGGGGUGUUUGGUCUCCUCAGUCUGGCUUACAGCAGCAACAUGGGCUCUGGGAAAGGGGGAAUUGCGUGGGGCUGUGGCAGCUUGGUGCAGCCAGAGCCUUGCUGCUCGUGGUGCCUCAAUGGCAGCAGGAAUUGGGGGAAGUCUGAGUGCUUUGGGUGGUUUGAGAGCUCAGUUCCUCUUCACUCAGUAAUUUCUCUGUCUGACCCUUCCUCCCGUACAGAGCAGAUCCCUGUACUGGCACUUUAAGACAUUUCCCUCAUCUUCACUGUGGUACCUCACUAGUUUCCAAUAGAAACAGACUUCCACUCCUCGCACUGACAGCUCCCGCAGGGAAUCUUGGCCUGUGUGUGUGCAGCUUCCUCCCGGUGCAAUACUGCCCAUCCCUCCCUCAGCUCUGCAUGGCCCUCGCUGCUUCCCUGCGUGCUGCCAGCAUGUUCCCAUCUCCCGCAUGGCAGCUCCGGCUUCCUCCUCUCGCUGCUGGCAGUCAGGGAGGGGAGGUGUUGAGCCUGAUGGAGCUCCCCUGUUCUAUCCCCUCUGCCUGGGAGGCUCCUGUUCUUCCCCUGCUCUGCUCUAGCCCGGAGCUGCCUGCAGAUCCCAUCCCGAGGAGGGUCAGCCAUAGGAGUAGGCGAUCUCAACCCUACACAGCACUCACUCCUCGGAGAACAGUGCUCGGAUUUACUUCCAUCUGGUAGCAAUCACUUCUGAGCAGCUCCUAAAAGCUGCCUUGCCUUGACAAGGGGAAGUACUGCCUAUACUCUAGCAAUAUUCACCACAUUGUACGGGGUGGGAGUGGUGUUUGAGGGUGGCAGUUGGUGGUUCCAUGUGCCCAGGCCAGUUGUUUGGGUUCUAUUGAGCAUGGGGGGCCCGGAGCCCCCAUUCUGAUGGUGGGUGACAGCCCACGUGGUAGACUUGGUGUCUUGGCAUUACAAAGGCUCCUGGAUUAAGAUGUGAUGGGGAAUUCAAUGCUGCUGAGGGGGAGAGUGCCCCAGGAACACAAUGGUUGAGCAGCACAAUGUACCCCCAUAACAGAGGGGUCCCUGGGAUGUGUUUUAACUGGAAGGCAGAAACAGGGUACCCGGUCCCACCGGCGCCUCGGUGCCAGCACAGGGAUGGGGCCGGGCUCAGAGCCGCCUCUGAGGGCUUGCGAGGAGGCUGUGCUGAAUCCUCUCAUCUCAUUUGAAAGCACUGUAUCCUAUUCCUGCAUGUGGAGUUCAGUGUGCGCGCGUGUGCCUGUGCGUGCUGAGUGCUUGUGGCCAUAGUUGGAGCGAGUGCGAGCGGGAGGAAUCCAAGCAGCACGUGUCAGUGUCGUGGCUGUAAGGGUGUUAAACCCUGGGGUUUAACAAGAUGUCGACACCAAAUGAAGGCGUCUGAAAAAUGUACUUUUAAG